CAGGUGCUACUAUAGCAAUGUAAUGUUUCCUAGGAAACCAGGAUUCAUUUCUUUAUAUUUUGUAAAGAGAAAUGGGAUUUGGUGAACUUCAGUUUAUUUUUCGAAUAUACGUUUACUAUAUUUAAAAAGUUUGCCAAACAAAAAGUCAGUUUACACAAUAUAACAGAGAAGAACAAAAUAUCAUGUUGUUUUGUACAGAGAGCAAUAUUAACAUUUUCCUUUAAAAUUGGAAGAAAUUUAAAUUGGGUAAUAGAUAGUUUGCAAAGUAACAAUGCGUUCAUCAGCAACAAAUAGGAAAUCAGCCUCCAAAACUAGUGAACUUCAUAAAGAGCUACCAAGAUACACAAGCUUAAUGAAGAGUCGUUAUGAGCUAGGUGGUGGUGAUACGGAUUGGAUGCGUGCAAGAAUGUAUCUCAAACCAGAAGAUCAAUUGCAGUUAACAGAAGAAGAAUUGCAAGAAGAGUUUGCAAGAAUUCUGACUAUACAUAAUCCAAGAGUUCCAGAUUCUUUAGUUGAAUGGUCAUGGAAGUUAAAAGAAUUCAUAAAAUUACCUCCUCCACCACACUUAGUAACUCUUUUAAGUGUACCAGGAAUAAUAUUGCAUAAAGAUUCAGAUGAAGCAAAAAUACAAUUAGCAGGUGGACUUAUUGUAAGUCAACAUGAUAUAUCUGGGUUAUAUGAAGAUGAAGAAGAAGAUGAAGAAGAUGAAGAAGAAGGGGAAGAAAUGGAAGCUAUGGAAGAGAUAGAUGACGAGUUAACAAAAGAAAAGGAAAUUGAAAAAGAUGAGCACAAAGAACCUGAACCUGACAUUGAACCAGAUGAGGAAGAGGCAGAACCAGUAAAACCAAAGAAGAUACCAAAUCAAUUCAAUUUUUGUGAAAGAGCUGCAUUGACUUAUACUAAUCCCAUGCGCGAAAUGAGUACACAAACUGUACCUCCACCAACAGCAUUAUUUAAUACCCACGUUUUUCAAUGGACGAUCUUUGACGAAUAUCAGCAAGAUUUUGCUGAAAAAGAACGCGAAAGAGACAAAGAAAGAAGAAUUCCACUUUUGCAACCAAAAAAGGAGGACCCAAAACAAACGGCUCAAACAGAAUCCAUGGCAUUAACAUCGAGAAUGUUACAAGCUGCAAAAACUUUAGAACGAAUGGUAAACCAAAAUAUUUUCGAUGAUAUAGCUCAAGAUUACAGAUAUUGGGACGAUCCAAGCGACGAAUUUAAACACGAAGAAGGUUCAUUAUUGCCUUUAUGGAAAUUUAGUUAUGAAAAAACUAAGAAGCAUGAUGUUACCGAUUUAUGUUUUAAUAGCCGAUAUUAUGACUUGUUCGCAGUAUCUUAUGGAACAAUGUCAUUUAAUACCUCAAUAACAAAUGGAUCAGUAUGCUUGUUUAGCUUAAAAAAUCCAUCAUAUCCAGAAUGGAUCUGUCCAAUAGAAUCACCAGUAAUGUGUUUAUCUUUCAGUGACCAGCAUCCUCAUCUUCUAGUUAUUGGUACUAUGGAUGGUGCUGUAGCUGUAUACAAUAUCAUGUUACCACCAACAGCUCCACAAUAUAAGAGUAACGAUGUUGUUCAAAAACACGGAGGUAUAAUAUGGGAGUUAUGCUGGGCACCAGAUACAGAGGAAGGUAAUUUGGCAUUCUACAGUGUUAGCAUUGAUGGAAAAAUAAAUUACUGGAUAUUAAAUCAAAACGACCUUGGCUUGACAACAGUUAUGACACUGUUUCUAGAUCGACCUCCAAUAGCUGGGCCAGAUGGCACUAUGAUUACACUUAAAGGUUGUGGAACAUGUCUUGCAUUUUACCCUGCAGAUCAAAAUGUAUUCCUAGUAGGAACGGAAGAAGGCACAAUUUAUAAAUGCAAUACAGCAUAUAGUAGUGUUUAUAUGAAAACUUAUAAUGAAGCACACAAUAUGCCAGUAUAUCGAAUAGUAUUCAAUAAAUAUAAUUCUAGCAUAUUUGCAAGUUGUUCAGGUGACUGGAGGAUUAAGAUAUGGGAAGAUAAUAGAAUGGAGCCUUUGUUUAUGUUUGAUCUUGGUGUCCCAAUUGGAGAUGUCCAGUGGGCACCAUACAGUUCAACAGUUUUGGCUUGUGUUUCAAAUGAUGGAAAAGUUACAGUGUUUGAUCUAAAUGUAAAUAAAUACAAGCCAAUAUGUAGUCAACCUGUUGUUAGUAGAAAAAAGAACAAGCUAACUCGACUAGCAUUUAACAAUGAAUUACCAUUCAUUAUUGUUGGUGAUGAUAAGGGCACAGUUAAUACAUUAAAACUGUCACCAAAUCUUAGAAUAAAAGUAAAACCAACAAAGAGGCAACUUCAUCUAACACACAGAGAAUUAGAAAUUAUGAAACUAGAAAAAUUAUUAAGUUUUGUACGAGAACCUCCUGUUUUAGUGCCACCAGAAGAUACAAGGACAGUCAGAUAAU